GAUGGGCGUAUAAAAAUCGACCUCAAGUCCCAGCUCACCAAGACACUCGUCAAGCUUGUCCCGGAGAAGACCAGGGAACCUUUCGAGCCCAGCCGACGACUAUCCACUGUUUAUCGAGGCUGGAAUAUCCGUAUGAAUAUCGUCAUACAAGUCGUAGGCAGCCGCGGUGAUGUACAACCGUUUGUUGCGCUAGGUCAAGAGCUUCAGAAGCACGGGCACCGCGUUCGGCUGGCGACUCACAACGCCUUUGAGGGGUUUGUCAAGAAAUCCAAUCUCGAGUUCUACCCCAUCGGAGGCGACCCGAAAGAGCUAAUGGCCUAUAUGGUCAAGAACCCCGGCUUGAUUCCGUCAAUGAAGAGUCUUCGAGAGGGCGACGUCAAGCGCAAGCAGAUCAUGGUCGGAGAAAUGCUCGACGGCUGCUGGAAGUCAUGUGUGGACGCAGACGUUUACUCACAGGAGCCGUUCGUUGCAGACGCCAUCAUCGCAAACCCACCUAGCUUCGCCCACAUACACUGUGCCCAAGCACUUGGUGUCCCACUCCACUUGAUGUUCACGAUGCCCUGGAGCAGUACAAGAGCGUUCCCGCAUCCCCUUGCGAGCUUCAAAGCCGGGGAGAUGGACCCGGCACUCAUCAAUUACGCAUCUUACGGGAUCGUAGAGUUCCUCACAUGGCAAGGCUUGGGGGGUGUCAUCAACAAAUUCAGAGCCACGCUGGACCUCGAGCCCAUACCGACAACAGUGGGACCGGCGCUGGCGGAAGCGUUGCACGUUCCGUUUACCUACUGCUGGUCGCCAGCACUCGUUCCCAAACCCGCAGACUGGCCGUCGCAUAUUGAUGUCUGCGGCUUCUUCUUCCGCGAUCCGCCUCCCUACGAGCCACCAGAGGCAAUCUCCAGCUUUCUUGAGAGUGGCCCAUGUCCGAUCUAUAUCGGCUUCGGUAGCAUCGUGCUGGAAGAUCCGGCCAAUAUGACCUCACUGAUCUUGGAAGCUGUACAACUGUGCGGCAUACGAGCAGUCGUAUCUCGGGGAUGGAGCAAUCUAGGUCAAGGGCUGCCUGACGAGGCCAACAAUGUCUUGUUCAUCGGCGACUGCGAUCAUGAGUGGUUGUUCCAGCACGUCACGGCUGUCGUUCACCACGGUGGCGCAGGCACAGCCGCUUGCGGUCUGAAGAACGCAUGCCCAACUCUCGUCGUACCCUUCUUCGGCGACCAACUAUUCUGGGGCGACAUGAUCGCCGCGGCCGGUGCCGGACCAAGACCAAUACCGCACAAGCAGCUGUCAAGCCGGAACCUGGUCGAUGCAAUCCAGACUCUCCUUGCGCCGGAGACGAAACAGGCCGCUCACCGCAUCUCCUCACAGAUGGCCAGCGAACAGGGUGUCAAAGCAGCAGCCCAAUCUUUCCACGCCAAUCUCCCUUUCGAGGCUAUCCCAUGCCAUAUCUUGCACGACCAGCCUGCCGCAUGGCUGUACAAAAAAGCACCCAUCAGGCUCUCCAAACUCGCAGCGCAGAUCCUCAUCACCAACUCAAUCAUCUCGCCCGCCGACCUGAGCAACUACGAAUCGCAACCCAUGCACGUGACAAACCGCCGCUGGGACCCGGCCACAGCCACAGGCUCCGCCGGGCUCACAAUCGUCUCCUCGAUGGCGGGCGCAGCAACCGACAUGGUCUACGCGCCCUACAAAGCCCUCCACACGCCGAAACCAGACGGCAUAAGCCACGCCGCCCACAGCGCCGCGACCGCAGGCCGCAUGGCCGGCGCGGCAGCCAAAAGCUUCGGCCGCUUCAACGCAGCCCUGUUCAAAGGCGCCAUCGUCGACCUGCCGCUCGCGGCGGCCGAGGGCUUCCGCGCCGUGCCCAUGCUGUACGGCGAGGCGCCCGUGGACCACGGGGCGGUAACGGGUGUCUCGACGGGAUUCCGCAAGGCGGGGCGCGUGUUUGCGUCUGGCGUGGGUGGCGGGCUCGCGGGCCUGUUUGGGCGCGCCGUUGCGGAUGCGAAGCGCGACGGCGCUGGGGGGUUCGCGGUCGCGGUCGCAAAGGGCGUGUUGGGCGCCUCGGCCAUGACGGCGGCGGCGGCUGUUGGCGUCGUUGCGUAUCCUGGUCAGGGCAUCUGCGCGAGUCUACGCCGCGUGGUGCGCUCGGGCACCAGGAGAGACGUCGAGGCGAGGAAGAGGGUCGAGGGCGCGUAUCUGGCGCAGAAGGCUGGACGAGACGGAUGGGACGUCGGUGUCACAGAGGCAUUCGAGCUGCUGAGGGGCAGCAAGGAACGCGUCGAGGCCUGCAUCUGA